AUGGCAAUGGCAAACAAUAAAAGAAAAUGUUUUACAUGUGAUAGAGAAAACAAUACGUAUACUUGUGAAGGAUGUUCAAAAAGAUUUUGUUUUAUGGAUUUAGCAGAACAUCAACAUAGAUUGAAUGAUGAACUAAAUCAUAUUAGUCAUGGUUAUAAUGAAUUUAAACAAAUAAUAAAUGAACAUAAACAAAAUCCACAAAAUUAUUCAUUCAUAGAACAAAUUGAUCAAUGGGAAAGAAUUUCGAUUGAAAAAAUUCAAGAAAAAGCACAAAAUCUUCGUGAAGUUAUCGUUAAAUCGUCGCAAACAUUUAUUAAUGAUAUUGAAAAGAAAUUUAAUGACUUAAAUAAACAAAUACAACAACUUCAGAAAGCAAACGACUUCAAUGAAAUUAAUUUAAACUAUUUAAAAAAUGAAUUAACAGAAAUCACAGAAGAAUUAGAUAGUUCAUCAAAUAUCUCUAUUCAACAAAAUCGACAAUCAUUUAUUAGUGAUAUUUCAAUUAUUUCAUUUAAAAAAUCAAAAUUCAAUAAAUGGAAACAAAAUCCCAUAAUCGUAGCUGGUGGAAAUGAAGAAGGACAAAACUUAAAUCAACUCAAUAGUCCUGUUGGAAUGUUUAUUGAUAAAAACAAAAAUAUCUUCAUUGCUGAUCGUGAUAAUCAUCGUAUUGUUGAAUGGAAAUGUAAUGCAAAAGAAGGACAAAUUAUUGCAGGUGGAAAUGGCGAAGGAGAUCGAAUAGAUCAAUUGUAUUGUCCAACAGAUGUGAUUGUUGAUCAACAAAAUUAUUCGAUAAUCAUUGCUGAUAAUGGGAACAGACGAGUGAUUCAAUGGUUGAACCAAAACCAGCAAAUUCUCAUCGAUGAUAUUGACUGUUAUGGUUUGGCAAUGGAUAAACACGGAUUUCUUUAUGUUUCUGAUAUUGUGAAAGAUGAAGUUAGACGAUGGAAAAUGGGAGAAUACAACAAUGAAGGAAUUAUAGUAGCAGGUGGAAAUGGUGAAGGAGAUCAACUGAAUCAGCUCAAUUGUCCAGAUUGUGUCUUUGUUGAUGAAGAUCAAUCUGUUUAUGUAUCAGAGAGCAACAAUCAUCGUGUGAUGAAAUGGACAAAAGGCGCAAAAGAAGGAACAGUUGCGGCUGGAGGAAAUGGUGGAGGAAGAAAUCUCAAUCAAUUGUUUGAACCUGAAGGGGUAUUUGUUGAUAAUUUGGGUAAAAUUUAUGUGGCAGAUUGUGAUAAUCAUCGAAUAACUCGUUGGUGUGAAGGAAAAGAAGAAGGUGAAAUUGUUGUUGGUGGAAAUGGUGAAGAAAAUGAAUUGAAUGGUCCUGUGGACUUAUUUUUGGAUGAUGAAGGAAAUGUUUAUGUUACUGAUUAUUCUAAUCAUCAGAUUGUAAAAUUUGAAGUAGUUUUGUAA